GCCCAGCGGCCUCGUGCUGGUGCCCGGCGCCGCCAGGGACUCGAUGGGCGCCGUCAUGCGCGCAGCCCUCAGCCGAUACUCCGCAGACCUCCGGCACUCUUGGGACAGUUUGCAGAGAUCGUUGCAGUGCUGUGGUGUAGACAAUUACAGUGAUUGGCUGAAUGUUCAAGAUUCUGUCCCUUGUUCCUGUCUUGCGACAGAAAAUUGCUCCUCUACAUCAUACUUUGCUCAAGGCUGCCUGGAUGUGGCAGCAUUGGACUUAGCAGCAACAGCUUCUUUCCUGUGUGGAUUUAUUUCUGUAGCCAUCACUACUCUGGCUCUGGUGCUGCUGCUUGCAACUUGGAGGUAUGCAGCAGAGAGAAAUAUUCAUCCCGUAACUCCUCGAAUGAGCAGUUAAUAUGUUGGAACUUGGCUUGUCUCGAUUCUCAUUUCCAGAAAAAAUG